CACAAAAAUUGUUUUAGCAUAAAAUUUCAAUGUAAAAUCAAAUUAAGUUUCAUAAAAAGAAACCCUACUGCCUUCCUUUAGUGAGGCAGGUAUUUAUAUUCUGAAUAUCACACUGAAACAAAACACAUAUUGGUACUUAACAUGUAAAAGGGAGCUGACUUGUGGGAAGGGGAACAUGAAAAGCCAAACAUCCAAACCCUCCAGGUCCAUCACCUAUUCCUAUGAAAAGGGAACAAGAAGGUACUUGAAAUGGAAUCUGAUUACUGGAAUCUGAUUCAGUCUCCAUUAAAGCUGAGCAAAUAGGUGUGAUACAACAGCACAUCUAUCAAGGUGACAUGCUGCCAUUUCAAAAGUAAAACUUUUAAAAAAACUUCUUCAACCUACAAAGACUGGAGGGUCUAUGUGGGAAUGAAACACCAGCCACAUUAUCACCAAACUAUGCAGACAAGGCUAUCAAUGGGUUACUAUGACAACUUUGCUACUACUUCAGCAUAACUUCUCUGGAAUGCAGGAUUUCUCCCCCUUUACACAAAUUAUUUUAAAUUGCACUUUGAAGAAAGAUCUGAGUGAAAACUGUUACCUGAAAAUAGCCUGCUAGCAUUUCAAGCCAUUGAUAACAUUUGUGAUGUUUCUUAUUAUGGACAUAUUUAUUAUUAAGCCUUUGUAGCCUAAAGAAAGCCCUUUAAUGUACUAGUCCUGAAGAAGAGUCUAUCAUUGAUUAAAAUAACAUUUCUAUGAUCCUUUAUCCUCCCUGUCUUUUUCUUUAAAGGUUUCUUAGUACCAAAGCAUGCUCUCAUUCCUUUCAAAGCCCCCCACAAACAAUAAAGCUAGGGAAAAUACUCAAUGGGUGUAGCAAUCAGUAAUUUUUUAGUGCAGAUGACAAGCUUUGUAGAGAUUCAAUUCAAGGCUUGAUCUGAAGCAGCUUGGUUUUGUUCUGAGGUUAGAAGCAAAUACAAGUUUAUGACUUCUCUGGCAGCUGUUCUCACAAGGCUUGGGAGACUCUGGUCUGGACAAUACAACCACCUGGCUUUGAGCUGAGCCACUUCCUCCUACAAACAGCCACUGUGAUGGCCAGGAAGUGGGAGAGAGAUUUAUUCAAUUGUGAUAAAUACUGCCUCUUUGGAGGGCCAGACUGCCAGAUGUUUACUUUCCUCUUUUGCAAUAUGGUAUUCAGCCACUGUUUCCAGAGGGGGCUUACAGAGUGGCCCACGAGCUGACAAUGCCAACAAGCUAAAAAUCUCAGUGAAAAGCUUUGGCCAGGGGCAGAGAUCAACUUGGUAAAAAAAAUAACCAAACUGGAUCCCAAACACUUGGCUCAUUUGGGCAACUGCAACAAGCAGCUGAUCAGCCCCAAAUGACCCAAUAUAUGCUUUGCAGGGUGCUACCCUGCACAGGGAAAUGUCACCCCUGCACAAGGGAUAUCUGACUCUUCUCCUUUUCCACGUAAGGUAAAGAAUUGCACAAGUGCUAUUUUCUGAAACAAACCUAUGUUCAAGUGAGGUUUACAACAAAAGAUAUUUUGACCUUCUAGAAACUCCUGAGAAACUGUUUUGUAAAUAAUCCUCAAGUCACAUCCCUGCUUCAAAAAAACAAAGGGCAAACUUAACCAUGUUGCAUGGAAAAAAAAACCCAAAAAACUCACAAAACCUCAGAAGAAGCUUUCAUGUUGAAGUCAGUGAAGAGUUCACUAAGAGCUGGACAUCUGGUUGGAUGUUCUAAAUCAUUUGUACACAUUUCUGGAAGGCAAAUGAAUACUCCAAUCUCGUAUGUGCUUGUUCCUAUCUAAGCACAGCAAAGGAUGUCAGAUUCCUGGCCCUUCCACUCCUUAGAGUCUAAUGUCCUGAAAAACUAAAAUAAAUUUUAUGUCACUUCGACCCAUAAAAGACUGAAAAAAGUUCUGGUCUAAUGCAAGACUCUGAAAAACUCCAGUGCUUUGGACAGAGUGCAAACAGCCUGGAUAGAAUAAACAUCUCUUUUGUAAAUGACAUUUUCACAUCACUUACAGAAUUCAAAGAUGUUGCUGGAGGAUGGAGGGGAAGAGUCAGAGAAGCCUGUUACUUUGGUAGGAUUUAGAAGUAAUUUUGCAAGAAAAUUCACAAUUGAAGAAACACUGGAUGUUUCAGAAGAAGGAUCUGUCCUCCCUGCACCCCUGAAGAGUUACAAGGAGCUGAGGAACUGCAAUAAGAAAGGCAGGAUCCAUAUGAACUGCAUUCCUACAGCCUGCCCACAGAACCUCUUGGGCACUUCUGCAGGCAACACACAAUUCUCUGGGAGCAUUCUCAGCUCUAGCCUGAUUAUUUCCUGUUAGUCUUGUUGGAGACCCUAUGGAGACUAAGCCUAUCCAGAGCUGAAAGUUUCAUUUGUUUUAAAGAGAUAUAGCUCAGGCCUCGAAGCCAUGAGAUGACCUGUGAGGAGAUGGCUGGGAAGGAGCCCAAGCAUCUUAUCUGCCACUGUGAAGAGCACCACUGAAGUACUGUGAUAACUCAAGAUGAAAGCACUGCAGAAAUAUGCACAAAUAUUGUGGCACUCUUCUUCUAGCCUGCAAUUCCUCUCCCAGCCCAUUUUACUUUGUCAUUGUGAAACAAAAUAUAGCAUAUGGAAAAUAUCUGCCCAUUACAUUCUUAGCUGCCCAUUUUUAAGAAUCUUUCCUUUCACACAUUUCAAAAUAAUUGAAGCACAGACAGAAGGUUAAUCCAGUCGUGGUAGGUGCACCGGCAUGUCAAAAAACCCCAAAAUCUGAUCUCUGGUCUCCUUAAUAUCUCUCUGUGUUGCUGGGCUUCCAUAUUGCAUUUACUGAAGCUCAUUAGAUUGUUAUCUGAUCCAGGAUAAUUCAAACAGGUCACUAAUUUGAUUAUGAGAUUGACUGGCAACAUUCAAGCCCCUGAGAACUCUCCCCCAGGAUGCAGGAAUAUCUGCUUGUACUCUGGUUGACAAUUUGCCACUUGCCUUCACAUAUUUUCCUUAGCAUCUUUCUGGUUUCACACGCUGAAAGAACCCCUUUCCCCACCUCACAAAAAGCAACUCAUCUUUCUAUUGUACCCCCUAAAAAGUUAUGUAAGGAGGGGGAUGUAAGGAUCCCUUUAAACCUUAUACAGUCAGCCAUCAAAAGCACAGUACAGCCCUGAGGAAAGAAUGGAGUGACUCCCUGGGGUGUCUGGGCCAGUAACUCAGCCCCAGAUGCACCUCCUUUCUAUCCUUUUCACCUUUUUAAUGUGUUGUUUGAUAAAAGCCUCCUGAUGAUGUAUAAAACAUUUGGACUUCCAGGAAUAAAACCACAAACAACAAAGAGAAGCAGUAAGAGCGUCCUGACCUUCUAAAGAGCAGUCACAGUCUGUUGGAACAGGAAGGAAUGUAGGAAGUGUACAUGUUCAACAUAAGAAGAGUCUCCAGGAAAGCACAAUUUAAAAGAUUUUUUUGAACUGUCAAGUCAAAAUGAAAGUGCAACGGACUUCCACAUGAGGGUGUGGUGUUUGAAGACAAAAUGCAAUGUGUCAGAGCAAUUCAGAUCACUUCCCUGAGGCACAUCUCAAUUGCAGUACCCGCUACUCUUCUGCUGACAAAAGCUUUGCCACAGUCUCAGAUAUGAAUAACUCAACAGAUUACUGGAUUGAUGAUGAGGAGGAUGACCUCAACUCUCUUAUAGAUUACAAUACCUAUGAGCUUCUCUGUGAAAAAAGUGAUGUAAGAAAUUUCAGAAAAUUAUUCCUCCCAGUGUUCUAUGCACUGGCUUUCACAGUUGGAGUGGCUGGAAACUCAUUAGUGGUUGCAAUUUACGCCUUCUGCAAGAAACCCAAGACCAAGACAGAUGUGUACAUCAUGCACCUCGCCAUCGCUGACCUGCUCCUGCUCUUCACCCUCCCUUUUUGGGCUGCAAAUGCAGUGCAGGGAUGGGAACUUGGAAACCCGAUGUGCAAGCUGACUUCUUCUCUGUACACCAUGAAUUUCAGCUCCAGCAUGCUGUUCCUGGCCUGUAUCAGUGUGGAUAGGUACAGGGCCACUUCUGAAUGCCAGGGCCAUAGAAGAGUUGGCAAACACUGCAGCGUUACCUGCAUCUGUGUCUGGCUGGCUGCCACUUUCCUCAGUAUCCCAGACCUGAUUUUUAAUCAAGUCAAGAAACACAAUGAGAGGAAUGAGUGCCUUCCCAUAUUUCCAAUGAACAUGGAAACACUCUUAAAAUCAACCAUUCAAAUCCUGGAAAUUAUCCUGGAAUUUCUGCUUCCUUUCCUAGUAAUGCUGAUCUGCUACUCCGCUACUGCUCGGGCAAUCUUUAGGUCUGCAAAUGUUAAGAAGUCCAGGCCUUUCAAGGUUCUGCUGGCAGUAGUGGCUACUUUCAUUGUCACCCAGCUACCCUACAACAUCGUGAAGCUGUGGCGAGCCAUAGACAUCAUCUACAUGUUGGUUACAGACUGCCACACCAGUAAAACCAUGGACGUGGCGCUCCAGGUCACCAAGAGCAUCGCGCUGUUCCACGCCUGCCUCAACCCUCUCCUCUACACCUUCCUGGGCGCCUCUUUCAAAAUGCAUGUCAUGAAAAUCGCAAAAAAUUAUGGGUACUGGAGAAGACAGCGGCAGAAUGGAAGACCUGAAGAGAUUUCUAUGAAUUAUGAAGAGCCUACUGAAGAAACAAUCAGUUUCACUAUAUAGGCCCUCUAUUGCUUCCAUCAUCUUACAUAACCCAGGGAAUUGUUAACUCAUUCCAGGGGGUAUUGCUUCUGCAGCUGUUUCUCUGCAAGUCAGCUUUCAGAUGAUUUUCUGAACCUGCCAAGACACCACAAAGCACUCCAAAGUGGAACGUGUUGAUUGGAAUCAAGCAAGAACUGAAUACUGAAACCCCUACAAACUCCGAGAUAUUUACUAAACAACAACAUCAAAAAACUCAAACAAAAAAAAGCACCACAACAAAACCCAAACACCUAAAAACACCCCCAAGAUUUAAAUUUCCUAGUGUCACAGUACUAGGCAAUUAAGCAACUACCUAAUGAACAACCUGUACUCAUCUAAGCAUGUGAUUAAAACAGAGGAAAAAAAAAAAUCACCAAUCAAACAACAGGAACCUUUGUACCAGAAGUUAAUAAUUUUGUGUUUCUCCAACUAUUUUAUAAAACUUUAGAACAUUUACCUAACAGUUCAGCUCCAUUUCCCAACUCAACUAUCAUUCCAUAGAUAACCUUGCAGAUUGAAAUGGAGUAUAAGCUUAUGGCUGAGAAUUGAGAGGGAGGGAGGAAAAGCCAUUCUGUGUGUUUCUACAAAUAUAUAGCAGCAACAACAUCCUCCACAAAAACACCCCAGCAACUCCUUUUCUAUAACUACAGGAAAAAUGACCUUUCAUCUCUUCUUUUCUGUUCACCCUAAACUUCAACAAGUGCUCAAAGGGUGGCUGGCAUAUUCUAGAUUUUUAUAAAUGUAAUAAAAAGUUCAGGUAAUCUUCAGAUACAAGGCCUGGAUUUUUUAUUUAGAAUUGUUAAAAUUAAUCAAGCACUGCAAUAACUGUAUCUAAAGUAUAUGAAGAUACAAUAAAAUCAAAGAAUAGAAAAAGUGCACUGGCUUUUGUUUUUUCUUAUCUUUGUUUUUGCUUUGUUUUAGUAGGUACUGACAUCUCUCAUCAUAGGCAUUUACCAACCAGCAAAUGGGAGAGGCCUUGCUUGACAAAAGAGAGAGGUUCCCAUUCCAUAUGGAGCUCAUAGAAUUACAAUUUUUACACAGAGAGGUACCAAGGCCAUCCCCUGCCACAGUAUUGGCAGGGAUUCCAGGAAAACUGCAGUUUUCCAUGAGUCACUGGAAGCAUUUCAAAUAUACUGACAUGCUAGCUUAGCUUUCAAAAUGAAGAAGUGGUGUUACAGCAUUCUGUCCUUGUCUUCAAACAUCCUGUGGGCUCUGACAAAAUGUCUCAUCUACAGAUUAGGAAAGCCAACAAGAAUCUCUCAUUUUUAGAUACUGUUCCUAGUUAAAAUGAUGGACUGGAACUAAAAGCUCUAAAAUGACAGACAAGAAACAACAGUAGCAAUAACAAGACAUGAGCACCUUCUCCCUGUUUGGAUGACAAAUGCUUACAGAAUGUCUGCCCAGAAUGUUUUGAGAAAUCCUAGGGCAGGAACAGAUAAGUGAGAAGUGCCUGACUGGUUUUCUGACACGUACACAAUAAAUCUGACCUAUUUAAGCCAUACUGGAUUUACUGUACACAUGCAGAGCAUAAUAAGAAACCCCACUUCUUCCAUGAAGUAACUGACUCCUUGCAUGUGUGACUUAUGACUUGUCUUCACAAAUACAGAGUGACCAGGCUGACAAGCGUCUGGAAUUCCCACACAUCCAAGGUUCUAAUGUCCCAAAAGUUAAAAAAUCCAACCAAAACCAAAAAAAAAAAAAAAACAAAAAACAAAAAACCAACAACAACAACAACAAAAAAACCCAAAAAAACCCCAAAAAAAACCCUCAAACAAACAAACAACAAAAAACCCACCAAAAACCACCAAAAAAACCCCCCCACCUUCCUAGCCAGGCAGAAAGAGAGACUAAUACAGAGCCAAAUGAACACAUUUCUCAAGCUUCUUGGAAUUGCAGUGCCUUUUAUGCAUAUGUCUUUAUGCAAAUCUGACUGCCCUCAUUGUAUUUAUUAGAAAUAAGACAAAUCAUGCUGUCUUAUGUUUACUCUCCUUUUUAUAAUUCACAUAACUAAUUUUAUGAAUAUUAUUUUGGGUGUGUGACCCCCUAAAACUUUCUCAUUACUUCCUCAGGGACUGCAAUGCACAGCUGGGAGACACUGACCCAGAGCAAAGACUAAAAAGCCACCAGUUAAGCAACACUCUUCCGUCAGGAGAGUGUUCCAAGAUUCCAUGCCUCUUUUUGCUGCCAGCUUUACAGGAGUAGAACAGAGAGAGAGAUCUAUCUUCUGGUGACUGCAAGUAUUGCACAAGCAUGUAUCAGCAGCUAGCUGUCAUAAUUGUGUAAACAAAUGAAACAUUCAAGUUUAAUAACUCAUAUACAACAGUUCGGAUUCCAAACUCCCAGGGAAUGGACUUUCAAGUUGCUGUCACAUGUUUUGGCAAAAAAGUAACAGUACUACAAUAUCAGGGACAGUUGCCACUUACAGUACAAUACAUUGAUUUUACUGGGAAUUAUAAGAAAAUCUCCUUUAAUAGUCAGUCCAACAAUAUCACAGAGUACUUUAAAAGCAGACACAUUUUACUGUUGCUACGCAGUAUUCUGAAGCCUCUCACACACGCUGCCAAAGACAGCUUCACGAAAACAAAGCCAUAAAUGUGUAAUUUGACUGAUAGAAAGAGGUAAUGUUUAAAGAAAAUAGCAGCAUUCUGUGAACAAAAUUCAGAGGUUCCAAAAAGGGCCCAAAUCCCCAAACUGGAUUUGAAUCUUGGACUUGGGUUCAUAGAACAAAAGCUCAAUUCAGCUCCUUCUGCUGUUUUACAUUCCUUUGUUUUGCCUUUACUCAAGAGAAGACAAAUUUUCAUCUCAGUAAUGGAGCACAAAAACUUUUGUUUUAAUAGUUCUUGGAAAAAAUUCUACCUUUAGCCAUUCUUAUUUAGG